AUGGGCAGGGGGCGUGGGCGUGGCAGGGGCAACAAGCGCUCCAUGCGCAAGGACUUUGGUGGAGAUGCCGCGCGCGACAACGUAUGGAUGCAGGACAAGAGCAAGCAGGGGCCGCCGGGCGCCGUCGACCGCAGCCAGCUCUACAGCGUCCCAUUCGCCGAGUACUACAAAGCCCAGGGCGUCGUGCCAGAAGGCGAGUGGGACGCGUUCAUAGACGUGCUGCGGCAGCCGCUGCCGACCACGUUCCGCAUCAACGGCAGCGGCCGCUAUGCGGACGGGCUCCGGCAAAAGCUGGAGUCCGACUUCUUCGCCAAUUUCGCCCAGGGGCCAAUUUACGUGAGCCGGCCUGGCGGAGGCGGGCUUGAGAGGGGGUAG